AUAAAGCAAUCUAUACAGAUAGAUAGCAUUAGCAAUGGCAGGGAAUGUCUCAGCUCCAAUUGUCGCCGUGGAACCGUCAUUCACUAACAUCAGUCGCAACGAUUUCCCUCCUGAAUUCAUUUUUGGGACCUCAACUUCUGCUUACCAGGUAGAAGGAGCAGCCACCAAAGGAGGUAGAGGCCCUUGUGUUUGGGAUACUUACACCCUCAUGACUCCUGGUAAAAUUUCUGAUGGAUCCAAUGGAAAUGUUGCUGUUGACAUGUAUCACAGAUAUGAGGAUGAUUUUAGGACGAUGAAAAGCAUGGGUUUGGAUGCCUAUAGAUUUUCGAUUUCAUGGUCAAGAGUCUUGCCUCAGGGAAAAAUUAGCCUUGGAAUCAGCCAGGAAGGAGUCGAUUUCUACAAUAGAAUGAUAGAUUCCCUCAUGGACAAAGGAAUUGAACCAUUAGUUACAUUGUCUCACUGCGAUCUUCCCGAGUUUUUGGAACAAGAGUAUGGUGGCUUUUUGAGUGAAAACUUCGUGAAGGAUUUUCACGACUACGCCGAAUUUUGCUUUUGGCAUUUUGGAGAUCGGAUCAAGAAAUGGGCCACUUUCAAUGAACCAUAUAUGAGCUGUUACUAUGGAUAUGUUCUUGGGCUUAUACCGCCUAGUCUUGCGCAACCUAUUAUAGAAGGUGACAAUGGCGCCGACGGUGAACACCACAUCCAUAACCACAAGUUUCACAAAGGUGUUCCUGCCAAAACAUCAGCUCUACACCGCAAAGGCACAAGUUCACCAAAAGAUGUGUUCGCUGCGUCCAAACACAUCCUCCUUGCUCAUGCCAAGGCAGCUGAAUGCUACGAAGCCAAAUUUAAGAAACACCAACAAGGUGAGGUUGGAAUAGUCCUCAAUUGUAUCUGGAAUGAGCCUUACUCUGAUAAACCAGAAGACAUAGAAGCUGCCAAAAGAGCACUCGACUUCCAAAUUGGAUGGUUUCUUGAGCCAUUGUUGGGAGGUCAAUACCCAAAAAACAUGCUAGAAAAUGUCUCUCCUGGAGAUCUCGAUCCAUUCAAUGAAGAAGAAUCGAAGCUGCUCAAAGGCACCCUCGACUUUUUGGGAAUAAACUAUUACACAGCCAACUAUGUAGCUAACAAUCCACACCCUCAUGGGGUAACUCUCUUCGAUUACGAUCAGAAAAUCAAGACUUUAAAUGAAAAAGAUGGAUGGCGGCCAAUAGGUCCACUGGCUCCAGGUUCAAUGCCCCUUUACAGAGUUCCAUGGGGUAUUCGCAAGCUGUUGAAAUACCUUAAUGAUACAUACAACAAUCCCACAUACAACCUCCCUGCUAUUUACAUAACCGAAAAUGAUUUUGACAUUGCUUUAGGAGUGUGCGAAGAGAACGACUACAAGCUCACUGCAAAGGAGGCGUGCAAGGAUCCAAUCCGGGAGAAGUAUCUCCGCGAUCAUAUUGGAAAUGUUCUCGAAGCCUUGAAAGAUGGUGUUAACGUAAAGGGAUAUUUCAUAUGGUCUUGGUGCGACAACUUCGAAUGGAUGAAUGGAUACACUGUGAGAUUCGGCAUCACUUACAUCGACUAUAAGAACAAUCUGAAUCGGCACCCCAAACAGUCAGCCAUAUGGCUAACCAAAUUCUUGGCAAAAAGUGAAAACGACAAAUAAAUGAGCUCGAGGGAGGCGAAAUAAUAACUUCACUGCUAUGUAUGGGAGUGUAAGCUUUGAAAUAAUUAUAGCACUAUCCUCGUGCGUGUGCUUUUCUUGGUUCUCUUACCUUGUGAUCGUUUAUAUGCUUUCGAUUAUAAACUAUUUAUCAAAAAUAAAACAAUAUAUAGUUAUAUGUAA